AUGAAUAAAAAAUCAUAUAGGUUUGAUUUAUCCAUUAACAGAAAAAUUCUUAAUGGUUCUUCUGAACAAGAAGAAGAAUUUGUAGAAUUAAACAACCAAAAAGAGUUGAGAGACCGAGAAUUUGAAGAAAUAAUAAUCUGUUCACGUUAUACUAAAAUACCUGUUCAGCCACCACCAGAUAGUGUAAUUGAUAAAUUAGUAACCUGGAGAGCAGGAAAAUAUCGAGAUGUAUUAAAUAAAAAUGGAAAGGUUACAAAUCAAUAUAAAGGGGGUCUUUAUGUUGAGAAAAUUGGAAGAAAUGGUCAAGUUCGUUAUUCUCCAGUUCAUAAAUUAAUUGAUCACCAACACCAAGAUCUAGAGCUUCAACUCCUAAUUAACUAUGACUUCUAUUUCAACACAACUGAUUUACGAAGACAAAUAGCAGAUUUACAAUCAUCCUCUUCAUCAAAUGCAAAUGCAAAUAGAGAUAAAAUUGUAACAAUUUUUAAUAAUUUGGGUAUUAAUCCUCCUCAAGGUCAACAAUUAUCACAAUUAACAGUAGAUAAUUUACUUGAUAUGGUUAUUACUGUAACUGUUGAUAUUCAAAAUAUUGGUUCAAAAAGAGAAUUUGAUAAUUUUAAUGAUUAA